ACAAUGACCAGCGAAAAAUUAGAUAUAAAUGGUUGGCCCGUUUGGUAUGAAAAAUUUGGUACCGGGCCUGAGGUUAUGCUGUUUUUGCCCGGUGCCAUAGGAACCGGUAGAAGUGAUUUUUUGCCACAAUUGGAGGGCCAAAAUUCAUUUGACCAUGAUCAGUUUACCAUAAUAGCUAUGGAACUGCCCGGUUGGGGUCGGUCGCGGCCACCCGAGCGACCUUACGGUCAAAAUGUUUACAUAAACGAUGCCGAUGUGGCCGCCAAACUAAUGGAGACAUUAGGCUAUAAAAACUAUAUAAUAUUUUGCUUCAGUGAGGGCGGCAAAGUUGGCCUAACAAUGUCCAUGAGAUACCCGAGCCGUGUAAAGGGUUUAAUAUUGAUAUCAAUAUUUAUGAUAAUAACACCGCAAACAGUUGCACCGACACUGGCCACUGCCAACACACGUAACUGGCCGCAGGAAAUGCGCGACAAUUAUCUGCCAGUGUAUGGCGACGAUGACUUACAAAAAAUGUGGGACGGGUAUAUCAACUUUUGUAAAGUUUAUAUCAAAGCCUUUCCCAAUGGUUAUGUAACCAACAAAUUGCAAACCAUUAGAUGUCCGGUACUUGUAUUUCACGGCGAUCUGGACCCGCUUGUUUGUGUGGAUCAUCCGAAACACGUGGAAAAACACGUGCCGUACUGUCAAUUGCAUCGUUUUCCGAGAGGUACCCAUAAUUGUCAUCAUAAAUAUCCGGCUGAAGUCAAGCGAAUAACCGAACAGUUUAUCAAAGAGUGCAAUGAUUUUCGUUGA